AUGGACUCCAAAUCAACCAUAGGUUUCACUAUUUUCAUGUUCAUAGCCAUUGUACAGGCUGAAGUUUUUGACGUCACUAAAUUCGGUGCUGAGAUUGAUGGCGAGAUCAGCAAGCCUCUGUGUGAUGCAUGGGUCAAAGCAUGCAGUGCAACAACCCCCAGCACAGUGCUCGUUCCCAAGGGUCGAUUUUGUUUGAAUGUUGUCGAAUUUAAGGGACCUUGCAAAAAUCCUGUUGAGGUUAAAAUCGAUGGAACGUUGAUAGGUCCUGAGGAUCCUAUCACCAUUCCAAAAGGAGUGCAAUGGAUCACAUUUAGCUACCUCAAUAACAUGACAUUAUCAGGCAAUGGUACCUUAGAUGGUGUUGGAGGAGCCAUGGCAUGGUCAACAAACGACCCCACAGCAACUGUCAAGAAAGGAUCCCCCCUUCAAUAUAACCUUAGCUUUAAUUUCAUCACAAAUUCUUUGAUUACGGGAAUAACCACAAAGGACAGCAAGAAUUUCCACGUAAAUCUUAUGACAUGCACGAACGUAACAUUUGACAACUUCCACAUUGAAGCUCCGGCUGAGAGCCCUAACACGGAUGGAAUCCACAUUGGGUGGUCAAAACACAUCACCAUCAAGAACUCGGUGAUUGAAACGGGUGAUGAUUGUGUCUCGAUUGGUGAUGGAUGUGAGGAUUUGCACAUUGAGGGAGUGAAAUGUGGUCCGGGUCAUGGUAUUAGUGUUGGAAGCUUGGGUAGGAAUCCGACUGAGAAACCGGUCAUUGGGGUGUAUGUCAAGAAUUGUAGCUUUGUAGAAACUGCCAAUGGUGUUAGAAUCAAAACAUGGCCUGAUUCCGUACCCAUGGAGGUUAAGGAUAUUUAUUUUGAAGAUCUUUCAAUGGAGAAAGUCGAAAACCCGAUCAUUAUCGAGCAAGAUUAUUGUCCGCAUGUCCAUUGCAAUAAGCAGAAGCCUUCCUUGGUUAGGGUUCACAAUGUUUUCAUCAAGAACGUGAAGGGAACUUCGACUUCACAAUCACCGAUUAAGCUUAGGUGUAGCACAGCUAAUAAUGGAUGUGAGAAUGUGCAUAUUUCCGACAUUGAUUUGAAAUAUGUUGGUAAUAGAGGUGAUGCAUUUCAAGAAUGCGUCAAUGUGAAGCCGAUUUAUGAAGACACAAUUUUCCCUCCGGCUUGUAAGACGGCAUCACAGUGA